AUGGAAUAGCAAGUUAAUCAACUAUCUUGGAAGGUUUAGCAAAAUCCUAAAGAAUUGGAUUUAUCAUAUUGUGUUUUUUUAUAGGACUUAGAAUUCAUAACUUAUUUAAAAUCUCCUCAAGCAAAAUAAAUGGAAUCAUUAAAUUUAUCACAUACCCUAUUGUCCGAUUCGUCUCUUUUACAAUUAAGCUUUUUAAACUCGAAAUCUUUGAAGUUUUUGAAUUUAAGUUAUUGUGUAAACUUUACAGAAGGUGCAAUUGUCAACUUAUUAAACUCUGAUACUAUUGUGAAUAUUGAAGUUCUUGACUUAUCAGGUAAUCAACUAUCUGAUGUCUGUUUAAAAUUUGUAUUGUAGCCAAAUAAAAUGAAAUACUUGGCAUCCGUUGCAUUAAACGAUAUUGUAUUUAACUUAUAUAUCACUAGAAAAAAGGACAAUAAGGGUUUUCAUACAAGUUUUUUGAAAUACUCUCUUAAACCAAUCUCAAUAAGAGUUUAUUAAACCUUAGCAUAGGCAACUCCUUUGUCUAACCUGAUCAAUUAUAAAUGACUAAAGCAUAAACAAUAAUGAAUACCUUUUUUAAUCGAAUUAUGAAAGAAGAUCAUACGUAAUGUUGAUAUUUUAUAUUUUUAGUUACUUUUAUUAAUUAAGUUUGAAGAGUACAUCAAUUUAAACCCUAACUCUGUUUAAAUGCGAGUUACUCACUAAUAAAUUUAUUAAGAUGUUGUGUAGGAAUAUUAUAUUUCUAAGUUCUAUCAAAGUGUUAAAUAUUGGACACUGCAAAUUAUUGACUGAUAAAAUUUGUUAUUAUUUAUCAGAAGCAGGUGCAUCUAUUUAGAGGCUUGUAGAUUUAGAAUUAUUGGGUUUGAACAUAACCUCUGAUGGUUUGGACAAAAUAAUAAAAAGCAAAUCCCUUAAACUGAACCAUCUUGGAUUAGCUAUGUGUGAAGAUAUUCAAUGUGAUACAAUUAGAAUAUUAAUGGAUUCUAAAUUUGGUAAAAUGUUGACCUCUUUAGAAGUAUCAGGAUCUUACUCAUAAAAAAGUCAAAUUGUAGGAAUGUUUUCAUAAGAACAGAUCAUUUGGAAAGAUUUUAGUCUUAAGACGUUAUAUAUAGAGCUCUUUUUAGACUAAGGGUGUUAUUACCAACACGUAGGGAAACAAUAGCUUUAAUUUCAAAAAUAAUAAUAACUUAAUCAAAAUUUAACUCAAUUAGACCCAUAUUAUAAGACAUUCUUUGAGACUCAUAUGUAUUCAAUCAUAGACUAAAUCAUAUUCAUAAAAAAGAUCAAAGUUGUUUUAAAAGUCUAAUACACUGACGAAGACUUAAUUGCUUAAUAUUUGACUAAUUUUAUAGAAUAAAAUAACCUUUUAGAUAAUCUAUUAAUAAAUGAUAAUUAAUUAUUUGUCAACAACCUUUGCAUCUUAUCAUACGUUUUAUAAUCGAUAACAAAGGCGUCAGCAAAAAUAUAUGAUGUGGAAGAAAAAAACUAAUAAAAUAAUUUAAUAUCAAUUAUUCAGAUUAACUACUUAGACCCCAUAGAAAAAGAAAAGAUUAAUGUUUCUUAAAUAAGAAAUUUGGUCUUAAUGAAGCAAGAUUUGUUAAGAGAUGAAGAUUUGGCUUUAGUUGGAAAAUAUUCAGAAACCAUUUUUUCACAGCUGUCGUACAUACAAAUAAAAGGUAAACAUUAAUUUUCAUAAAGGCUGCAAGCAAAUCACAAUGAAAGGUUUACAGUAAUUAGGAGAAAGAUUACUUCAUUAAUUAUAAUUUUUAGAUGUUAGAAAAACAUAAAUUAAAUUAAAUGAAUACUCUCAAAUAUUAAACGAUUUUAUCAAUCUUACUUCCUUUAAUAAUAAUAAAAUUCAACUUGAUUUUAAUCAAGUAAGUUUGUUGAUUAUAUUAGAAAAAUACUAAGGAUGACCUAGUCUAAUGGCUAAAUUUACUGUUCAGAUUGUUAUCUUUGAAGAAACUAAGUAUUAAAAAUACAAAUAAAUAAUCAAUUUUUAAUAUGUUUUUAAUGAGGUUUGUUGCUUAAAUGGUAAAAAACAAUCAUUUAUCUAUGAAAAAAUUGUAUUUGUAAUGUUUUUUGAACAUUGCUGAUUUGUAUUAAUUAUGCUUAAAUUAGUCAAUUAUAUUCAGAAGAAAGCUUAACCGAAUUAUGCGAAAGCCUUUAACUAAGUUUCAACAUAAAAACAUUUUAUUUGGAGAUUUCUGGAUUAAUUAAGCAUUAGUUCAUAAUAGAUGUUUUUAACACAUUAAUCAAUACUUAGAUUACAAAUUUAAACUUAUAACUUGAAAAGUAUAUUAAUUAUGUAUUAUAGAUAAAAGUUGCAAUAUUAUUGACGAAAUCUUUAUUAAUAAAUAAACUAGUACCCAUUAUUUCAAAGCAUUAGAAUUCAGCACUUCUAAUUUAAGUUAACUUGAUAUUAUUCUAUACAACACUUAACAAUUAGAAGACCUGACAGCUGUAUUGACUCUAAAUGAAAAUAAAGUAGACAGUUUAAUAUAUCUUUUUUAAAAUAACUAAUUAAUUACAUUAAAAAUUGAAUUAUUGCAAGCAAAACUUGAACAAUUUUUAGAUAUUUUAUCAGCUGUCAACCCUGAAAAACUAAAAGCAGCAGAAUUUGUUAUAAAUAAGUAAUAAUAUUAUACAUUUAGUAUUUUAAUUAAUGAAAGCUGUUUACAAAGGCUCUAAGAAUUUUUACUUAAAAGUAAAAGAUUAAUUGAAUUUUCAAUAUCAAUGAUUGGGUAAUUGUUAUCUAUAUAUUUAUAGGUGCGGAUGUACUAAAUAAAUGAUGGAUAAAUAUUUUAAAAGUAACUUAUACAUUUUUAAAAUUCCAUAACUGAAAUUUUAUUAUUGA